GCGUAUGCUUUUAAUCGAUUGUAACAAUGUUGUCUGUGUAUUUUAGCCAUUCGUGCAUUCGCGUUACAGUUGAUGACUGAAUUCUGGUGUCAAUUCAAGCGUAUUUUACGUAAUUUUUAUAAUGGCAGCACAGGAGUACAAAUUACUUGUAGGGUCUGUAGGAUUACGUUAUUAAGGUUGUGCUGUUUUGAAGUUGGUUAGGGGAUUCUUAUUUGGAAACUGUGCUUCCACGGACUUCGGUUCUAAAUCAGAACACAUUACGCCAGUUAUCCAGGUUCUUAUAAAUUUAUGUCACUGAAUUGACACAUAAGUUCUCACGAAAAUGUCGAGGAUGGAUUUUGACUGUGUUGGUGGUAGGCCUAGUAGGGCUCGUGUGAGGUCAUAUUUUACAAGAGAAGGCGAUGGUGAUAAAACUGUCAUCACGAUGAAUCCUAAUAAUGACAGCCGUCGACGAUACUCCGACUCCGAAGAAAAGUCCACAAGACAACAUAUUCCACCAGGGCUGGAAGAGAUUUCCAAUUUGGUUCGCAUGCACAGUUGUGUCUUGGGGCAGUCAGCACCAUGUUUAUCAACCCAUAUGUGUCCCCAUGUAGGGGUCAAGAUGUCAAAGGAUGAGGAUUAUAGUGGUCAGGGACCCCUCUGGCGGAGGAUGUCACGUAGUGUGAGCGACUCUACACUUCGCCAACCUCGUCCCAAUCUUACGCUGCCCCUUCCUUCUGUCACUUCUCUCAUGCAGUUUAAGAAAGAGUUAAGCCUAUCUAGAAGAAGCAGUCGAGUAUCUAAUAGAAAAAGCUUCAUUUCUACAACGUCACCGACACUACCUCGAUGCCAUUCACCUAUAUCAGGAAGUCCAUUGGAAAGUCCCAGAAUGUCACCAAGUCAACAUUUUGCAUUUGCUCCUGUGAAACGUGGUGAUGGCAGACGAUGGUCCGUGGCUUCCUUGCCGUCCUCUGGUUAUGGGACAACUCCUGGAAGCUCAAAUGUUUCAUCUCAAUGUUCAAGUCAGGAAAGACUACACCAACUUCCAAAUAUCCCAACCUCAGAAGAACUGCAGAUGCUGACAUCUCACUUCUCGUCCAAUGACAGCAAUCCUAGCAUUGACGACGAAGGGAGAAGAUCUCCAUUUCAUCGUCCUCGAUCUCGUAGUCUGAGCUUGGCCUGGCUGUGUAUCGCCACACUAGAUAGCCCAAGUCGAUCACCCGUUGUUGAUGAUGAGAUAGUGAUGAUGAAUACUUUGUACAAGGAAAGGUUUCCAAAGGCUACUCAACAAAUGGAGGAACGUUUGCAAAGUUUUAUAAAUGACAACAAAUCUAUCGAUGCAAGAGAAAACUAUGAAAAUAUGCCGAAAGGUUCCAUACCAAUAAUAAGAUUUGUUCACCAUCAAGUCAUUGAAAUGGCGAGAGACUGCUUACAGAAGUCAAAUGAGAAGCUUGUCACUAGUAGAUAUUUCUUUGAAAUGUCUGAAAAUCUGGAGAGAUUAUUGUUAGAGACAAAAGAAAAGUCACCAGAAGCAGCAGCAAGGCUAACGGGUGCUGUAAAGAAGUUACUUCUGGUAAUAUCGAGGCCAGCUCGGCUGCUUGAAUGCUUGGAGUUUGAUCCAGAAGAGUUUUAUCGCUUACUUGAACAGGCUGAAGGACAAGCUAAAACAUCGCAAGGGAUUAAGGCUGACAUUCCACAGUACAUCAUAACUAAAUUAGGUUUAAACAGGGAUCCUAUAGCUGAACUACAAGAAGAUCUGAGUCAGUUGGAAACUACGUGCUCUUCGCCAGAAAAUUUUCGGUUUUGUAUGCCUCAGUCAACACCAAAAGAUGAGAAAGAAACGAAGGUGCCUUCUGAAGAUGAUUUUGAAAUUGUGAAGUUAAUUUCUAAUGGAGCAUAUGGUGCCGUAUAUUUGGUACGUUUGAAAGAAAACCGUCAGAGAUUUGCUAUGAAGAAGAUUAGCAAAAAUAAUCUGAUGCUCCGGAAUCAAGUUGAUCAAGUGUUUGCAGAGAGAGAUAUCAUGAGUUUUACAGACAACCCUUUUGUUGUUAGUAUGUACUGCACUUUCGAAACAAAGAAACAUCUAUGCCUUGUUAUGGAAUAUGUGGAAGGCGGAGACUGUGCAACGCUUGUGAAGAACAUUGGUCCGUUACCUCCUGACAUGGCCAGGUUUUACUUUGCUGAAGCUGUUUUAGCUGUGGAAUAUUUACACAGUUAUGGUAUUGUCCACAGAGAUCUGAAACCAGAUAACUUGCUAAUUACUGCCCUGGGUCACAUAAAACUGACUGAUUUUGGAUUAAGCAAGAUGGGUCUUAUGUCAUUGGCUACGAACUUGUAUGAAGGUUAUAUAGACCGGGAAACAAGACAGUUUUCAGAUAAACAAGUGUUUGGAACCCCAGAGUAUAUAGCACCAGAAGUAAUAUUGAGGCAGGGAUAUGGCAAACCAGUGGACUGGUGGUCAAUGGGUGUUAUACUGUAUGAAUUUUUAAUUGGAUGUGUACCAUUCUUUGGAGAAACACCAGAGGAAUUAUUUGCUCACACAGUAAAUGAUGAUAUUGAAUGGCCUGAUGAAGAUGACUGGCCUGUUCAGCCUGAAGCAAGGGACAUCAUUACAGUAUUAUUACAGCAAAAUGCUAGGGAUCGUCUAGGAACUGGAGGUCCUCAGGAAGUAAAGGAACAUCCAUAUUUUUUCGGGGUAGACUGGAAUUCGCUUUUACGACAAAAAGCAGAAUUUGUUCCCCAAAUUGACCAUGAAGAGGACACAAGUUAUUUUGAUACACGAAUGGACAGAUACAAUCAUGACAUAGGGGAAGAUACAGAUGAUACAGAUGAUUCUCCAUUGUUUGGUUCUUUCUCCUCUUGUUCUCCACAGUAUCGUAAAGUACAGACACGACAGGGAAUGUUUGAAGAACUGGAAGAUAGCACAGCAAGGAAGUCAUUCUCACGUGGCGAUUCUGGUCAGUCAGAUCAUUCUGAAUCCUCCCCCUCCAAUUUGGGUAGCACUGUAGAUACGCCUGAAACAGAUGUGGUAAGGGAAUUGGUCGAAUUUGCUGAACAAGGUCAUCAGAAGAAAAUUGCAAAUCCAACAACACCAGAAUCUUCACAGACAGAAAGCGAUGAUGUUUCACCCCAAAUUCAACGGAAGCGGCGCCUUCACAGCAAAGAUUCCCUACCAAGGUUUUCAAUUUCCAUUGAGGAUAAUCAUUGCAGCAUGGAUUUGGAGCACCUUCAGGAGAUUGUCCCAGUAGAAGAAAGAAAUCGCCGUGGUGCAGAGGCAUCUGGUACACAGAGAAUGUCCUUGCCAUGCAAACAUCGGUCCAGAGCUGUUAUUAAAAGUGCAUCUGCAUCAGGUCUCUCCUUGAUGAUUCCUUCAGAUGAUUCUCCUCCCCAACCAGUCCAGUCACCAGGUGGAUCUAGUACUGCAAGCUCCCGAGAUACUUCACCCUGUCGAGAGUUGUCUCCUCUUGUCACUAGCCUGAAGCCUCCUAUUAUCAUCCGACGUGGACCACGUGGAUUUGGGUUUACAGUUCAUACCAUUAGGGUUUAUUAUGGUGAUACAGACUUCUAUACAAUGCACCAUCUGGUUAUGGCGGUGGAUGAUGGUAGUCCAGCAUUUGAAUCUGGUGUACGACCAGGGGAUCUCAUAACACAUAUCAAUGGUGAAGCUGUACAAGGUCUAUACCACACUCAGGUUCUGCAACUAUUGCUCUCUGGAGGAGAUCAUGUAACUCUUCGUUCUACUCCGCUUGAAAACACUUCCAUUAGGACAGGUGGUCGUAAGCGAGAGCCAUGGCAGAGCAAACUGGCAAGACGUAGCAUGCACAGGCAAAGGAGACAGAAACGGGAACAUAAUGACAAGAGACGCAAAUCUUCACUGUUCCGUCGGAUCAGUAGCAAACGGGCGAGUGUGGAAAUGCAACAACCCAUGAAAAUUACGUGUCCACUUUCUGCUCCUGUUGUUCCAGCUGAUUUAUUGCCUCAGUUCAUGAUUGCAGCCAGCACAUCCUCCCCACCAUUAGUAACGCCCACAAGAAGUUUCCAGCCAUUACCACGAACCCUGUCCUCUCAAGAUCUUCCUGGAUCUCCAACACAUAACAAAGCCUUGCGAUCGCCUCCAACAAACCGCAUUACAUUUUCAUCCCCAGAAUCUUCUCACUCUCCAGCCAACUCCUCCCAGUCAAGCUCCCCAAGUUCCUCUACACCCAACAGUCCAGCAGGAGUACCAGCUGGGACAACAGUGCAUUAUCAGAGACCUUCCACAUUACAUGGUCUCAAACAUAAACUUCACACAGCAGCCAAAAGCAUCCACUCUCCAAAUCGCCGGAAAUCUGUGGGUCACAUACCAUUGUCACCUUUAGCAAGAACUCCCUCACCAUCUCCACUUCCGUCAUCUCCAACACGAUCUCCCAGUCCAUUAGCAUUCCCAGCAGGUCACCAUCCUGGUAGUUCUAAUACCACACAGUCAUAUAGUCCAGGAACAUCAUUAUCAACACCAGGUUCUGGUAAUAAAAAGGGGUUUGGAAGACCCAAAAGUGCUGAGCCCGGUUCUCCACUGCUGCGACGUGCCCUUUCACCAGACCGUCUCCAUCCCCGAAGUGCUGAGAACAAAAGUAAACCAACUCCGUCUUCUAUUUCCCCUUUAUGCAAUCCCGCUCUCAAAGUAACCAUCUCAACUGCACCCAGGGUCACAAUCACAUCCCAGUCUCCUCCAAUACCUUCAAGACCCACAGUGGCUGAACAUGGAAGUGCAAGUGCUCAAAUGGUUACUUCAAAACCACCUGAGCAUCCUUUAUUAUCUCGACCUGCCAAGGACUUGCCUGUGGAAAAAUCUCUUAAUUUUAUAGAUACGCAUCAGCGGUCAGAGCGUAGGGAUAAGAAAGUAAAUGCAGACCCUCAUUCUGUACCUAUGAUUGAAAAUUCACCAGAUGAAGACCAUCAUAUUAAUAGUAGUGAAUUUAAAUUAGAACAUAGGAAUCCCUUACCUUUAGGAUCAGUGAAUGUUAGUGUGAUAGUGGCAUCCGAUAGGACCUCGCAACAUCUUCCUCGCAUUGCUGAAGAAAAAGACUCACCCACAGGUUCAAAGGAGGAAGCCAUAUCUCUUAUUAAAGAAGCACCAUCAAGUACUGAAACAUCAGUAGUAAAAAGCCAAGAAACCACCAAUAUUAGCUUUGGUUCAGUUAAAAAUACAGAAAGCAGUUUGAAAAUGAGUAAGGUUGAGGUUAAAUAUGACUUGCAAACACAAAAAGACAAAACUAGUGAUUAUAAAGCAAGUAAAGUUCCAGAAGAGAAAUCUGUACCAAGCACAAAGUCUGAAACAAAAUCACGUCGAAAAGAGGGUAGUGAUUCUUCAUAUAGCAAAGUAGAAGGUAAAAAUAGCAAACCAGCUAUUCCUGAGAAGGAUGUAAAAUCCAAGGUUGCUGAC